AUGCUAGCGAGGAACUGCCUUCUGCUGUUCCUUUGGUAUCACCUUGAGGAAGGCUCGGCCUCACCGCCCCCUUUACGGCCGCCCUCCUCGCCACUGGGACUUGGCAGGAUGGUGGGGAGGGCGCGCCCUAGGAACUUGCUGGGCCCUGCGAGGAACGGAUUCCAACGAGUUAAGAGGGGCUGGGUUUGGAACCAAUUCUUUGUACUGGAGGAGUACAUGGGCUCAGAUCCGCAAUACGUGGGCAAGUUGCACACCGAUCUGGAUCAGGGGGACAGCGCGGUCAAGUACACGCUGUCCGGCGAAGGGGCCGGCUCCAUUUUCACCAUCGACCAAACCACGGGAGACAUCCACGCCUUAAGGAGUCUGGACCGCGAGGAGAAGCCUUACUACACACUACGCGCGCAAGCCGUUGACCUCAACAGCAACAAACCCCUGGAGCCCGAGUCGGAGUUUGUCAUCAAGGUGCAAGACAUCAACGACAACGAGCCGAAGUUCUUGGAGGGGCCGUAUCGGGCUAGCGUUCCUGAGAUGUCGCCAGUAGGUACGUACGUGACGCAAGUAACGGCCACCGACGCGGACGAUCCUACGUAUGGGAACAGCGCCAGAGUGGUGUACAGCAUCUUACACGGACAGCCCUACUUUUCAGUGGACCCGAAAACUGGCGUGAUCAAGACGGCCUUGCCCAACAUGGACAGAGAGGUGAAGGAGCAAUACCAGGUGCUUAUCCAGGCCAAGGACAUGGGGGGCCAGCUGGGGGGGCUGGCCGGGACCACCACCGUCAACAUCACCCUCAGCGACGUCAACGACAACCCGCCUAGGUUCUCAAAGAGUUUCUUCCACUUACGUGUUCCCGAGUCUUCGGCGGUGGGAUCGGCGGUGGGAAGAAUCAAAGCCCAUGACUUGGACGUGGGCAAAAACGCCGAAGUGGAGUACACCAUCGUGCCGGGCGAUGGGGGUGCCAUGUUUGACAUCACCACCAAUGAACACAACCAAGACGGCAUCAUAAUUCUGAAACGGCCUCUGGACUAUGAGAGCAAGAAGGCGUAUACCUUCAAGGUCGACGCGUCCAACGCUCAUCUGGAUCCCCGAUUCCAGACCUUCGGGGCCUUCAAAGACACAGCGACGGUGAAGAUUAACGUCCUGGAUGUGGACGAGCCCCCGGUGUUCAAUAAGCCCGCCUACGUGAUGGAUGUGUACGAAGACACACCGGCGGGCACCAUCAUCGGUGCAGUGACGGCGCAGGACUUGGACGCCAGCAGCAGUCCUGUCAGGUACUCGAUCGACUGGAGGAGUGACCUGGACAGCUACUUUGACAUCGACCCUGUGGAGGGAACGAUCUCUACCAAUGAGAUGCUGGACAGGGAGAGCGUAGCCUGGCACAACAUAUCCAUCGUGGCCACAAAACUGAACAGUCCAGUUCUGACCAGUCGGGUGGCCGUCUCCGUCCACGUGUUGGACAUCAAUGAGUUCCCGCCUGAACUCGCCAGUCCCUACGAGAGCUUUGUGUGUGAAAACGCCAAAGUGGGACAGGUGAUUCAACUGUUCAGUGCAAAGGAUCAAGAUGUGCCCAACGCAGGACAACAGUUUUCCUUUAAAGCAACUAAAGACGAAUUAAGGAACAAGAACUUCACGAUCAGAGACUUUGGAAAUAACACGGCCGGCAUCGUGACCAAGCGCGGUGGUUUCAGACGACGCUCGCAGGAGAUCUACUACCUCCCCGUAGUGAUCGAGGACAACGGCUAUCCGUCCAAGAGCAGCACAGGAACGCUUACCAUCAGAGUGUGCGGCUGCGCAGCCGACGGCUCGUUGCUAACGUGCAGCGCAGAGGCGAUCUUCUUACCAGUGGGCCUGAGCACGGGUGCCCUCAUCGCUAUUCUCCUGUGCAUCGUCAUCUUGCUAGUCAUCGUGGUCCUCUACGUCGGCUUGAAGCGUCAAAAGAAGAAGGAGACGCUGAUGUCAUCCAAAGAGGACAUCCGGGACAACGUGAUCCACUACGACGACGAAGGCGGGGGUGAGGAGGACACGCACGCUUUCGAUAUGGGAACACUGCGCAACCCCAAAGUGGUCAAGGACAACUUGUUCCGCCGGGAUGUCAAGCCAGAGGUCAAACAGGGUCCCAGAGUGCCCGCCUCUAAGGACAGCGCCGACAUCCGAGCGUUCAUCAACCAGCGGCUGAAGGAGCACGACAACGACAACUCAGCGCCGCCGUAUGACUCGCUUGCCACGUAUGCCUACGAGGGCAACGGCUCGGUGGCUGAGUCGCUCAGCUCUAUCGAGUCUCUGGCCGUGGACGCCGAGGAGGACUACGAUUACCUCAACGAGUGGGGGCCCCGUUUUAAAACGCUAGCGGGAAUAUUCGGGGAGCAGUCGGAAGCUCGCUCGGACUCGACCAACACGGAGCAUUGA